AAGCAAAACGCCAAACAGGCUCCUCUGAAACUCCCAGAGCCGGUAGAGGCACGCCACUCCGCAGUGUCAGUCACUGCCCCCCCAUCACGCCGCCCGCCCUUUCUCGGCCGUUGCCGCGAGCUCGCUCCGACCCACCGCCGAUGGCGACGGCGAUGGGCGCGAUGGCCGCCACCUGCAUGGCCUCGAUCCCGGCCGCCGCUACGUUCCCCGGUGAUCUCGGCGUCGGACGACGCCGAGCGGUUGUACCAGGGUGGCGCGCCGGUGGGAGACGGCUGCGUGCGACGCCGCCUGCCCGGAGGCCGUUCCUGUUCUCGCCGAAGGGCGUUUCGGACUCGCGGAGCUCGCAAACGUGCCUUGAUCCGGACGCCAGCACGAGUGUUCUUGGGAUCAUCCUUGGAGGGGGUGCUGGGACAAGGCUGUAUCCACUGACGAAGAAGAGGGCGAAACCAGCAGUGCCGUUGGGCGCCAACUACAGGCUCAUAGAUAUCCCUGUCAGCAACUGUCUCAACAGUAACGUCUCCAAGAUAUAUGUGCUAACACAGUUCAACUCUGCUUCGCUCAACCGCCACCUCUCGAGGGCCUAUGGAAACAACAUUGCCGGGUACAAGAAUGAGGGAUUCGUUGAGGUCCUUGCAGCACAACAGAGUCCAGAGAAUCCCAACUGGUUUCAGGGUACUGCAGAUGCCGUGCGUCAAUAUAUGUGGCUAUUUGAGGAGCAUAAUAUCAUGGAGUUCCUUAUUCUGGCUGGAGAUCAUCUGUACCGUAUGGAUUACCAAAAGUUCAUUCAAGCUCAUAGAGAAACAGAUGCUGAUAUAACAGUUGCAGCCCUGCCAAUGGAUGAACAACGUGCAACUGCAUUUGGUCUUAUGAAAAUUGAUGAUGAAGGGAGGAUAGUUGAGUUCGCAGAAAAACCAAAAGGAGAGAAGCUGAGAUCAAUGAUGGUAGACACCACUAUAUUGGGCCUUGAUCCUGAAAGGGCCAAAGAACUGCCUUAUAUUGCUAGUAUGGGAAUCUAUGUUUUUAGCAAAGAUGUGAUGCUUCGGCUUCUCAGAGAAAAUUUUCCUGCAGCAAAUGACUUUGGAAGUGAGGUUAUUCCUGGCGCAACAGAAAUUGGAUUAAGGGUGCAAGCUUACUUAUAUGAUGGUUACUGGGAAGAUAUUGGUACUAUUGAAGCAUUUUAUAAUGCAAACUUGGGAAUAACCAAGAAGCCUGUACCGGAUUUUAGCUUCUAUGAUCGUUCUGCUCCAAUUUAUACGCAACCUAGAUAUUUGCCUCCUUCAAAGGUUCUUGAUGCUGAUGUGACAGACAGUGUUAUUGGAGAAGGGUGUGUUAUUAAACAUUGCACAAUCAAUCAUUCCGUAGUUGGACUCCGUUCCUGCAUUUCUGAAGGUGCAGUUAUAGAGGACUCUUUGCUAAUGGGUGCAGACUAUUACGAGACUGAGAAUGAUAAGAAUGUCCUUUCUGAGACUGGUGGCAUUCCCAUUGGUAUUGGGAAAAAUUCACAUAUCAGAAAAGCAAUCAUUGACAAAAAUGCUCGCAUUGGAGAAAAUGUGAAGAUAAUCAAUUUUGAUAAUGUCCAAGAAGCAGUAAGGGAGACAGAAGGAUAUUUUAUCAAAAGUGGAAUUGUCACGGUGAUUAAAGAUGCUUUAAUUCCUAGUGGAACAAUCAUAUAAAGUCAGCCAACACCAUGUAUAUAAGGUUGGGUUGCAUCAUAUGGUGAUCGCCAAUGUGCAUCAAGUUCUCUCAUCCCUUGCGAGACCAUGCUUAUUUCCAUUGCAAAAUCAUCAAGCUCUGCAUCAACUUGUUGUGGAUAAUAAUGAAAUAAUAAAUGGUGCCAUUCCAUGGCAACAUUUUUCUGUCAGUAGUUUAUGAGGCACUGUUCUAAAUGUACUGUUGAGUGGAAUUUGAAUAUGUAUGCUUUUGCAAUCG